AUGCUCGCCGACGCCGUCGCGCCGUCGGGAGAAGGCCCCAGCAGCCUGACGGUGAGAAUCUUGCUCACUUGCGGAACAUUCGCUGUUCUUUUCACGGUUCUCUGCCUCUUCGUGUUCUGUUUCCUCAAAUUCUGCCCGGCCUCCCCCGAACAGGGCACCGAUCGCCGCUCCGAAUCGAAUAGGAAAGCGGCGGUGGAGCAAGUUCUGGCGACGUUUCCGGAGUUCACCUACGGCGCGGACGAAUCGCCGGCGCCGACGUCUUGCUCGUUCUCGGCGGUGUGCUCGAUCUGCCUGGAGGAGUACGAGGUCGGGGAUUGCUUGAGGGUGCUGCCCAAUUGCGACCACGUGUUUCACAGGGGAUGCAUCGAUCUCUGGCUCUCCACCCGCUCUUCCAGCUGCCCGAUUUGCAGGGAUCAGGCGGUGGCUCGGCAUGACGGGGAUUCCGCCGCACCCGGAGGAAAUUGCAGAAACGGAGGAGGGCAGAGUCGUCCGGCUCCAUUUUUGAACAUGAAUUUCGGCGGUGACCUUCUGUGA